CCGAGGGGAAGCUCUCCCGCGCGGGCUGGGCCGCGGGCAGCGUCGCCUCGCUUGGGACGGAGUGGAGCAGGAGCGGGACCCGGAGUCCUAGCAGCCGCCGCCAUGGCGAUCAAAUUUCUGGAAGUUAUCAAGCCUUUCUGUGUCAUCCUGCCAGAGAUUCAGAAGCCGGAGAGGAAGAUUCAGUUUAAGGAGAAAGUGCUAUGGACUGCAAUCACCCUCUUUAUAUUCUUAGUAUGCUGCCAGAUCCCCCUGUUUGGUAUCAUGUCUUCAGAUUCAGCUGACCCUUUCUACUGGAUGAGAGUGAUUCUGGCCUCUAACAGAGGCACAUUGAUGGAGCUGGGUAUCUCUCCCAUUGUCACCUCUGGCCUCAUCAUGCAGCUUUUGGCUGGUGCCAAAAUAAUUGAAGUUGGUGACACCCCAAAAGACCGAGCCCUCUUCAAUGGAGCCCAAAAGUUAUUCGGCAUGAUCAUUACCAUCGGCCAGUCCAUAGUAUAUGUGAUGACGGGAAUGUACGGAGACCCUUCUGAAAUGGGUGCUGGAAUCUGCCUGUUAAUCACCAUCCAGCUCUUUGUUGCUGGCUUAAUUGUCUUGCUUUUGGAUGAACUUCUGCAAAAAGGGUACGGCCUGGGCUCUGGAAUCUCCCUCUUCAUUGCCACUAACAUCUGCGAGACCAUUGUUUGGAAGGCGUUCAGCCCCACCACCGUCAACACCGGCAGAGGAAUGGAAUUCGAAGGCGCCAUCAUUGCACUGUUCCAUCUCCUGGCCACACGCACAGACAAGGUCCGAGCCCUUCGAGAGGCCUUCUACCGCCAGAAUCUGCCCAACCUCAUGAAUCUGAUCGCCACCAUCUUUGUCUUUGCAGUGGUGAUCUAUUUUCAGGGCUUCCGUGUGGACCUGCCCAUCAAGUCAGCCCGUUACCGAGGCCAGUACAACACCUACCCUAUCAAGCUCUUCUACACUUCCAACAUCCCCAUCAUCCUGCAGUCCGCCCUGGUGUCCAACCUGUACGUCAUCUCCCAGAUGCUGUCCGCCCGCUUCAGUGGCAACCUGCUGGUCAGCCUGCUGGGUACCUGGUCUGAUACUUCUUCCGGGGGCCCAGCACGGGCGUACCCAGUGGGUGGCCUUUGCUACUACCUAUCCCCUCCAGAAUCUUUUGGCUCCGUGUUAGAAGACCCUGUCCAUGCUGUGGUGUACAUAGUGUUCAUGCUCGGCUCGUGUGCGUUCUUCUCCAAAACCUGGAUUGAGGUCUCGGGCUCCUCUGCCAAAGAUGUUGCAAAGCAGCUGAAGGAACAGCAGAUGGUGAUGAGGGGCCAUCGAGAGACUUCCAUGGUGCAUGAACUCAAUCGGUACAUCCCCACAGCUGCAGCCUUCGGUGGGCUGUGCAUCGGGGCCCUCUCCGUCCUGGCCGACUUCCUGGGCGCCAUUGGGUCUGGAACCGGGAUCCUGCUGGCAGUCACAAUCAUCUACCAGUACUUUGAAAUCUUCGUAAAGGAGCAGAGCGAGGUCGGCAGCAUGGGCGCCCUUCUGUUCUGAGCCAAGUCUCCCUGGACCAAGGAGAGGGGCCCUGCAUGGAAUUGCAAGGGAGGGGAACAACGACACCUCACUGUGGGGUGCUCAUCGCAGGGAGUGCUGCCGUGGCACCGGGACUUUUAAUAAUGUUUUUGAAUUUCAUAUUCUUUCAUUCCACUUUGUAAAGUGCUAGAAUUUUUCAAGUUUGAAAUUUUGCUUUUUAUUCUGGCAUUGGCAAAAAAGAACAGUAGAAGAGAGAUUUUCUUGAGCUGACUGCCAGAGGUGGGGAUGGUAAAUGUCCCCAAGUGUCCCUGUAACUUUUGUUUUAACCUUUGCACCUGCUCAGUGCCGGAGGCGGCUGCAGUGGUCUGAGCUGUUCCCCCACCAAGGGGAUGUCUUUUUGGUUAAAAGCACAAACCUCGUGGCAGUGUCUCCAUCGUGGCCAUAGGGCACGAGGCUAAGAGCAAAUCAUGUUUUCUGGUGGACGUGGGGGACUCGGUCAUGAGUCCCUGUCACAAUCAGGGCUAAGAAUAUCUGGCUUCAAACUGUUUCUCUGGAAGACACUAUUGUUUUCCCUUUUAUAAGUAGUUUUUUUAGGAGCAAGCCUCUUCCAAGAGAAAGGGAUGAGUUUUCCAGAAGACCCUACUGGGCCAUCUGUUGAUUUUUCUGCAUGUGCCUGUUGGCUGUUGUCGUUGAUUAUUCUGGUCGGGCUUUGAGGCUGAAAAGCAUGGAGUUAGCUUGGCUCCCCCAUGUCUGUCUGUAAUCGGUUUGCGUCCUCUGAGCGAGUGAGCGAGGCCAGGCUUUGCCAGCCUAAUAGAGGUGCGCUCGGCCAAGCCCAGUGGACAUUGUAUGGAGGAGCCUUGAAAUGAUGUGUGUCUGUCCAGUCCUUCUGGUUGUCGCUGGACGGGCCUCCCACUAGCCCCUGGAGGGAAAGACGGCAGCCUAGCUUUCACAGGUCACCGCUACCUCCCAGGCUGAGAACUUCCCAUCGUGUUUUUAGCACUUUUUUUUAUCGUGCCUACAACCCAAAUGCAGGUAAAGUAAAUGACCAGAUGCCACCCGUCUCCUCUCAACUUCCACCAGAACCGCCCCGCAGAGAGGAGGGUGCAGGCCCCAGAUCCGUGGUGAAAUCUGGGUCAGAAAGCUUAGGUUUUUGUUUUGUUUUUAGUAAGUUGCUCCAGUGUUUGAUAUGAAAAGACUCAUGAUUGUAUCUAAAGUGAAUUGUGUGUUUGUAGUAUCGAGACCUAGGUUGUAGGCAUCAGAACCUUUCCUGAGGCCUGUCGGGAGGCUCCUUGGGGGACAGGCAGUGCUGGGCAGCAGGGACAGCAGUCGGGCGUUGUGAGCCUGAGGAGUUCUCCUUGGAGGAUGCCCCAGUUCUAAGCAGGGAGCACCUGGGACCCCACCAGCAGCAGGCACACAGUGGCCUUUAAAGCACAGAGCCACAGUCACCACUCCAUAGCGGCAGCAAAGCUGGCACCACCUAAGUCCGACUUCCUAGGACACCUCACUAGCAGCGCUAACCAGGAAACAGACCCACCCACCAAGGGCAAGAAGCGACCCGCCUACAGCCCCCCCAGCAAGUCAGCAGCAGAAGCAGGCUGGGCCCGACAGGUCUGUCGACCCCCCUCCAGUCCAGGGCACUCCACCAGCUAGCUCACACGUGGCCUUGUCAGACCCAGUCCUGAGCGAGACUCACUGCCUCCCUGCAGCACCGGCGGUGGGGCUCCGCAUGGUCCGUGGUCCGUGACCGCGGUGGGGGGGCUGACCCCAGCUUCCAGGGGACUGUCACUGUGGAUGCCAAAACGGCAUAACUGAGUGAAGGUGAAUAAGUGACAAAUAAAGGAAACUGUUUACGA